AUGAGAUCCCAGGCUUAAACUUCUCAAGAAGAGCAGUAAUACUAGUAUCAGAAUCAAGAGGGGGAAGAUAGCGAUUAAGACAACCAAGAUGACGACAAUUAGAGUGGAAACUCUGACAAUAAUAAUAGAUGGGAUGAGGAAGCUCUGAAGGAUAUGGAAUUCAUAGCAACUUUUCUCGAUAAUGAGGAGGAUAAUUUACCUGACAUGUUUGACAUUAAAAAAAUAAAGAAGGUGUAAUCUGACAACUGUGGCUUGUGUGAAAAACCUUUGAGCAGAAUAACAUUAGCUGGCACAUCAACAUAGAAAAGACACCAUUGCCGCAAAUGUGGAACAAGCGUAUGCAAUCUGUGCUCUCAAUAAAAGAGAAGAUUAAGCAAGGUUGACAAGAAAAAAUUUAGAGUCUGUGAUGUUUGUGAUACACUCAUGAGCAAUAAUAACUUUGAAUCAAUGUAUGAUAACUGCUUAAGGCAGCAAUAAACUACUUUGAAUGAAAUUAAGCGGAACAUCAAUAAGAGAGAGAUUCAAAUUAAACAAGCUAACCUCUAAAUGGAAAAGUAUAAAAAGUAAUUAGAAUAAAAACUAAAAGAGAUAUCCGAAAAGGAAUCUGAAAAGAGAGAAAAGCUUACUGAAAAAGAAGAAUUAUUAUCUCAAUUCAAAUAGGAGUACGAUGAAUAUAGAUAAAAAUUAGAGGAGAUGGAAAGUGACAUGCAAUAGAAAAAUGAAGUGAUAGAGAAGCUUUAAGAGUAGAAAUCGUAGUUAAAACUAGAAAAAAGGAAAAUUGAAAACUAAAGACAGAAGAAAGAGAGUGAGCUGAAGGAUUAAAAUAAAAAGCUGAAUGAGGUUUAUGGGUAAGAUUAUGCUCUUAGCUUUGAACAAAAUCACUAUCAGCAUAUCAACGACUAUAUUGAUAGAGAUUAAUUCAGAGAAGAUGAUGAUUGUGACUAUGAGGAUUCCCUUAGCAUUAAGGAUAAGAAUUUGGAAAAUGCAAUGAAAGAUCAAAAUUAUAAUCAUCAAUGA